CUUGUGGCGGCGCGUGUCGCAGUAAACUUAGCUAAAAAAUGCCUAAAAGCCUAUAAUAAUAAUAAUCGAACCGCGACUCAGCUUCUGGGUCUUCGCAUCAUCGCCACGAGGCUUUUCUUCUUCUUCUUCUUCAUCUUCGAGAAUCUCUCCAGGGAGUCCUAAAGAACCAAGUAGUCUUUCUUGUGUAUCAAAGCCGCACACAAGAAGAAUGAGCUUUGCGUGUCUCGUGUGUCACAGUGUAGAGAGCCCGUCCCACUCCUUUAGAAGCUACUCCGUGUCUAGCUCAGACAAUGAAGGAAGAUGCUCUGUGAUCGCGAGCUGCCUCACCAGGAAAUCACUCAUUCAAGCUGCAAGGUCCAACACUUUCCCUGCUUCAUCAUCCUCAAAGGUAACCCCACAACCCAAUUUCCAGGCAGGUGAUCUUAUGAUAACACAAGGAGCCUCGCCAAGGUUAGUGCGGAGCCGUGCAGGGAGAAGAGACUGGAACUUCAUCGAAAUCGAGGCAGGGCUUUAAAAAAGUUCAAAUCUGACUCUCUUCUCUGUAGACUAGUGUUAGUUUGUUAAAUCUCCACUACAACUCAAUGUUCAUCCUCAGGUGAUCGUACCAGUCUUCUGAGUUCUGUUCAAUGAUCUUACAUUCAUCACUUGUCAAAUUUUGUUCUGUUCUCACUACUUUAUAAAACCAAUAAAUCUAUGAAAUUAUCUUUCGUGUUUA